AGCGUGAAUCAGAAUAGCGGAGGUUGUAUUCAACUUGUUGAGACCUCUAAGGCUAGAAUAGUGGACUCUCUAGAAUACUCGAGAUCUAGAUUUCUAGCUUAGCAUUACAGAGGCUGAAUUUCAAAUGAGUCUGACAAAACUAAGUGGUGGCCACACAUCGUCUGUCCUGUGUGUUGCUGUCCAGCAUCAGACAGGUCAAGUUGUGUCUGGCAGUGAGGAAGGAGAUUUAUGUCUCUGGUCCAAUGAAGGUCGACUGGAAGGAAAACUUUCCCGACCCAACACAGACUGCACUUCUGUGGUCUUCUCACGGGAAAAUCCUCACAUUAUCUAUGCUGCGUUUGGACAAGAAGUUCUAAUGUUGGAUGCUCAGAGACUCCAGGAGCCAGUUUUUGUGUUUCAGUCAAACCAAGAUGAGGUUAAUCAGAUCGUGUUGGAUGCAAAAGAGCAGUUCCUUGCUGCCUGCGAUGAUUCUGGUGAAACUAAAGUUUUCGGCCUACAAGACAAGAAAGUUUUUAAAACCCUACGCCACAAACACACAAAUAUCUGCUCAACUGCUGUAUUCCGUCCUGGCCGCCCAUGGGAGAUUUUCACCGGGGGCCUAGAUUGCAGGUUGGUUCACUGGGACUUUUCCAAGCCGAAAUGUCUGAACCAGUUCAAUAUGCAGGAGUUCUACGCUACACCUGGUGACACGCCACACAUGAUAAACCCUCCGUUUGUUCAUCACAUGGUUACCUCUCCCAGUGGCAACACCCUGGCGUGUGCUUUAGAGAAUGGCCAGGUCCCAGUCAUUGAUGCCAGCCAGAAAAAUAUCCAGCCUAAACACACUCUGUUCGGGCACCUGCAGGGUGCGUCCCAAGUUCAUUUUCUGACGGAGGAGAUGCUACUCACUGCUGGUAAUGACUGCUGCAUCAAUCAGUGGGAUCUGACUAAGGCGGCACUUUAUCAACCAGGCGCUGUUUAUUUGAAUGGGAUCGGGGCAAGUGCUGACCCGGACGAGGAAAGAAAUCUGGCUAUAACUGAGUUAUGCCGUGUCAGAACAUUGAGCCACCAGUGUAAAGUGAACUGGAUGGUGCCAUAUGUAGCACAAGACAAUAAAUUUUUAUAUGUUGCUGAUCAAACCCCUGAUAUAACAAUUUUAAAUUUGUCCACUUAGGUUUUUAUUUUUUUUAAAGAACAAAAUUUGUUAGAAUUACUUGCCUGCAAACCAAUGUUUUUCCCUGACUAGAUUUUCUGUGAUGUCUGCUUGCUCUGAGUUGUAGUAAAAUAUUAAUAGUAAAAUAUAAAGAUAUGAGUAUAUUU